ACAGUCAAUACGGUAUAGGUGUACAAAUUACAAUAUAGUCAAGGAAAGGGAAAUUGCAUUGCGGUACUAGCGUGCACGUCAUUGUUAUGAUGCAACCCACAAAUCGUAACCAAUGUAAAACAGAUGGAUAGGAAAUGUACUCUUUUCCUUUUUUAAUCUUUUUUUGUCGACAUGGUGCGUGACUGCGUGAGUCUCGUUGUCUUCUUUCUUACGGUCUCGUCUCGCUCGGGAAUCAGCAAAUCAGGGGAGCGACUUCCUGGAAAGAACAAGAGAAGAAGAAGACUCUGCUCAAUCACCCUCCCUGCAAUAACAACUGGGGGAGACAAGACGAAUUGCCUGUUCAGAAAGCAGCAGGAAGCCACUCUCAAACUUCCGAAACAUCCCAGCAAUCGCAAAUCCUUGGAUUCACAGCCGCUGAAGCAACCAAGCAGCAGCAGCUGCUGCAACUGCCCAUUUCUUAGGUUAGUUAGUUCUAUGAGGUAUGAAAAUUCGAUUCCAGUUUCGGCGAUAAAAGCACCAAACUUUCCUGACAUUGACUCAGAUUUAUCCCUCUUUUAGGUUUUGGGUCGUCUCUAUCUUCCUCUUUGCUUUCCAUGUCAUGCUUACACAUUCCCCACUUGAGUUCCUUAUCAGCUGAAUUCCUUGACUUUCUUCCUCCUAUCUUAGCAACUUCUGCAAUAGCGAGGUAGCAACUGUCCAUAAAUGGCUGCCCUGUCUUGUUCUUUCUUUAACUAUGAAAAAGCCAAAGUCUUCUAGGAAGGUAGAGUCAACUUUACACAAUUACUUAACGAUGAAAUUUCCUGGUAAAGCCAACAAAUUCUUUCUUUAGGACUGUUGGUAUGGAUGAGAGGAUAUAAGUAUGACCUAACCACCCUAGUUUUAGCAGUCAGAUACUUAGAUCUUUACUUCAAAUUUGUGUCACCCUCUGCGAAAGAGAAGUAGCAAUGGCAGCUUCAUUCGUGGGUGGGGCAGCUCUUGGAGCUGUGUUAGGGGAACUCUUGAGAGCGGUUGUGAAGGUCCAGAGAAAGACCCUUAUGUUCAAACGUAUUCUAGAGCGCCUGGAAUCCACUCUAGAAGACAUUAUCCCUACAGUUGAAAAGAUGGAAGAGAUGGACAAAGUACUGGAUCGAAACAAUGGAGAAGUUGGGAAGUUGAUAAAAGUGAUUCAGAGAGGGAAAAAACUUGUUCUUGAGUGUUCUACGAUCAGGUGGUGGUAUGCUUGCUGGAGAAGGCCAAGGUAUGCGGACAAGCUUCUUGGACUGGAGAAGUCACUCAAGGCGUUCUGCCAGAUUGUUCUCCAGGUCGAGCAGUCGAGGGACACAAAAGAGACAUUGUUGGAAGUCAAAGAUAUGCACCAAAAAGUUAAGCGCCUGAUUCUGAAUGGAAAGAGUGGUGGUAUUAUCAACAUGCCUGCUGUUUUGAGUGGCUUUCAUGUCCCUGAGGCAGUUGGCAACCCUGUUGGAUUGGAGGUUCCCUUGGGGGAACUGAAGAUGGAAGUUUUGAAGGAUGAAGCAUCCUUGGUCAUUCUGUCUGCUCCUCCUGGUUGUGGGAAGACUACGUUGGCUAAACUUUUCUGCAAUGAUGAGGAAGUUCAAGACAUAUUCAAGGGUAAUAUCUUCUUCAUCAUUUUGUCAAGGAAACCUACAAUUGAAGGCAUUGUUCAGAGACUGUUUCAGCAUCACGGUUAUAAAGUUCCGAACUUCCGAAGCGAAGAAGAUGCAGUGUUGCACGUGGAAAAAUUCCUGAAGAACAUAGGGCCUGAUCCUAUUUUGUUAGUUCUGGAUGACGUUUGGCCAGAUUCAGCUUCGCUUCUUGACAAUUUUCAGUUUCGGAUUCCUAGUUACAAGAUAUUGGUAACAUCAAGAUCAGUAUUUCCUCGAUAUGGCUCAACUUACAAGCUGAGUCCGUUGAACUAUAGCAAUUCCAGGACGCUUUUCUGCAACUCAGCAUUCCUUCCGGGCCAAGACUCUGUUAUUCCUGAUGAAGUUGUGAAUCGGAUCGUCAAAGGAUGUAAAGGAUUCCCAUUAGCCCUUAAAGUUGUUGGCAGAUCACUUUGUGGAGAGCCAGUUGAUAUCUGGAAAAAGAGAGAAUCGGAAUUAUCAAAAGUUGGUUCCAUUCUCGAGUACAGUGAUCUGCUCUUCUGUCUUCAAAGAAGUCUAGAUGCAUUAGACAACACUCCCAUUAUCAAGGAAUGUUUCAAAGACUUGGCUUCAUUCCCUGAAGACCAUUUGAUUCCUGCAACUGCCUUGAUUGAUAUGUGGGCUGAACUGUAUAAACUCGAUGAACAUGGCCUCCAAGCUGUUUCCAAUCUCCAUGAACUCUCAUCAAGAAACCUGGCUGAUCUUGUAGUAACAAGGUCCGACUCAAAUGGCUACAAUCAGCACUUUUUGACACAUCAUGAUCUUCUCAGAGAGCUAGCUAUCCACCAGACUAACUUGGAGACCUUUGAACAAAGGGAAAGACUCAUUCUUGAGGUAACUGGGAAUGAUGUUCCUGACUGGUGGGUGGAACAAAAGCAGCUUAGGUUUCACAGCCGUCUCAUGUCUAUCACCACAGAUGAAAGGUUCUCAAGAACCUGGUGCAACAUCCAAGCACCAAAUGUUGAAGUAUUAGUGUUGAAUUUUCGGACGAGAAGCUACACAUUACCCGAGUUCAUAACAGGAAUGGAUAACCUAAAGGCUUUAGUUAUCACGAAUCACGGCAUUCUCCCAGCUGAACUGACAAACUUUCCACUUCUUGGUUCUCUUUCCAACCUGAAGAAGAUCAGACUAGAGAAAGUCUCAAUUCCACCAUGUGGGUUCACGUCGACACGGUUCGAGAAGCUUGAGAAGAUAAGUUUGGUCCUUUGCCAUAUUGGCCAGGCUUUGACUUCCUCAUCCAACCUUGCUAUAUCAGAAGCACUUCCAAAUCUGAUGGAGAUCAACGUUGACUACUGCAACGAUCUGGUAGAGUUGCCACCGGAGAUCGGUCAGCUUGCCGAGAUGAAAAGGCUAAGAAUCACUAAUUGCCACAACUUGACUGCACUGCCUAGAGAAAUCGGCGGGCUGGUGAAUUUAGAGGAAUUGAGAAUUAGUUCUUGCAUAGAAAUUUCUGAGCUGCCUGAUUCAAUUGGAAACCUUCACAAACUGAGCAGCCUGGAUAUCUCGGAAUGUGCAGAUAUCAAAAGACUGCCUGAACAGAUUAGGGAGCUGCAGAAUCUACGGAGGAUUCAGAUGAUGGGUUGCUCAAAAGACUUCGAGUUGCCGGAGUCGAUCUUGAAUCUCGAGCAUCUUGAGGAAGUGAAGUGUGAUGAAGAAACUGCAGGUGUAUGGCAACCUUUUGUCGGUUUUCUUGAGAAUUUGACCAUUAAGGUUAAUAAAGAAGACAUAAAUUUGAACUGGCUCAAUGGUGGUCGUUUCUGAUUUUGUCAAGCCAAAAAAAGUUCCCCUCAAAUUGUGUCGCAAAUCCACUUCCCCUUGCCCUUGAGCAACUGAUAUAUUAAUAGAUGAGAGUAGCAAGUUACCCCCAAUCACUAUUCAGUUAGGGGUAAACUGCCGUGCAUGCAUCCACACGGAACAAUUCCGUGGUUGCUUUCGUUGAUGAGUUAUAUUGCUGCCCAAUUACUUCUGGCCAUUGAUGUUCUUGAAGGGCAGCUCCCCAAGUUUAAGGCUCAUAUGCCUAUUGAGUGUGUGUUAAGUGAUAAAGCAAGUUACUCAGAUCCCUGUUCAUUUGAGGCUAUACUAUGGCAUAUGUCUAUUGAUUUUUUCUAAGGAGUUUAUCAGGCGAUGGGCUGCCCAUCGAUUUACCUACGACCUCCUUUAAUCUCCGAGGCAAUGAAAUAUAGAGCAGUGAAUGAACUUAAAAAUGGUUCUGAUUUCCAGGAUGAGCUAUUGCAAUGGAUGCCUAAGAAUCUCUUAUUUCCUUGAAGUUGAGCUUUGAGCUUUUCACAUCCAGAAUCUUUUCUUUUCUUCCCCCUCUGACCUUUACUCUGUAACAGUGGGAGUAAUCUCUUGUAGUAUGGACGUGUCAAAUGUCUCCAAGCAUCAGAUUCCACUUGGAAAGAACAUUGCUGUAACAUCACAAGUAAAGAAAGAUUCCCAAAGCUUAGAAAAGAAUCCAGGUAACCAGUUCCUCUGCUGAUUCGUUACCAACCUUUUUUAUGUGGAUGGAAAUAUCACCUUUUUCCUCUUCCAAACCUGAGAACUAAGACGGUGGGCAAAGGGUUGAAUUUCUUGUAUUUGAUCUCCUUUCUCCAUAAGGAAUUGAGCUAUGGAAGAAUCGCUUCAAAACGCUUUCGUCGGAGCUGUGAUGGGAGAGCUGUUGGGAGCAGUUCUGGAUGCCCAAAGAAAGACAGCAGAGUUCAGAACUGCGCUGCAACGCAUCGAAACCACUCUCAGAACCAUAAUUCCUUUGGUCCAGGAGAUCGAGGAGCUGAACGAGAAGCUGGACAGGAAGAAGGAAGAGACUGCACCGUUGAUGGAAGAGAUCACCAGAGGUAAAGACCUCGUCGUUAAGUGUUCGAGACUUCGGUGGUACACCUGCUGGAAGAAGCCGGGUUACAAAGACAAAUUGGACAGCCUGGAAGGCUCCCUGCAGAAAUUCUGCAAGAUCAUUCUGAAGCUCCAGCGGGCGCGGGACACUAAGGAAGCCCUGGUAGAAAUGAAGAAUGUUCAACUGAUUCUGGAUGGGAAGUCUAGUGGGAUAGUAACUGGUCUGAAAGGGUAUUUCGUUCCCCAAUCUAUUCCGAAUCCUGUUGGCUUUCAGGUUCCAUUGAAGGAACUGAAGCUGGAGCUUUUCAAGGACGAGACUUCUCUGCUUGUUUUGUCUGGGCCUCCUGGCUGUGGGAAGACCACUCUGGCUACUCUCUUCUGCCAUGACAAAGAUGUUCAAGAGAGAUUUGGGGACAACAUCUUCUUCAUCGCUGUGUCGGGAAGACAAACGAUGGAGGGCGUCGUCCAGAGACUGCUCCAGCUCAAGGGGCGCAGAGAUCGUAUGUUUGGAGGCGAAGCAGACGCUCGCCACCACCUGGAGAAGUUCCUGAAGAGCAUGGAGCCAAGUCCCAUAUUGUUAGUUCUGGAUGAUGUUCGGCCAGAGACAGGUUUCCUCCUUGAGAGAGUGAAGUUUGACAUCCCUGGUUACAAGAUCCUGGUAACUUCGAGAUCGGAGUAUCGCAGAUACAAGAACUACAAGCUGAACCCACUGAAUGAAGAAGACUCCAGGACGCUUUUCUGCAACUCAGCGUUCCUUCCGGACCAACCAGCCCCCGACGUUCCAGAUGGUAUUGUUAAUCAGAUAGUAAAAGUGUGCAAAGGAAAUCCACAAGAGCUAACAACUGCUGCUAGAUCACUUUGUGGAGAGCCUGCUGAAGUUUGGAGAGCGAGAGCCAUGGAGUUAGCAGAAGGUGGUCAUGGCCGGUAUGGCUGGUAGUAAUGAUCUGGAUGAUCUUAAUGGGAUCUGUUGUUGACGACUAGCUGCCUAAGUUCAAGGCUAAUUGAUUAAUAAAAGUGUCAUAAAUCUUUUCAUGUUUGUAUAGAAUGUGUUUAAACUUUAAAUUUUUGUUCAAUAUAUUAUAUAAAUUCGCCUUCCG